CAAGCUCCACAGAUAUAAAGAGAGACCCAGAGAACGAGAGAGAGAGAGAGAAUUUAAUGGCAAUGGCGUCUUCGAUCGUGGUUGGGAUGAAGCCAAGUUUGGGCUACUACGGAGUAGCAGAGGUCCUCAGAUCGAGACAACAGCAGCCGCAGCCGCAGCCGCAGCGGCAGGGAACCCGAAGAAUGGCGGUUCUGGUGCGAGCCCAAGGAACGAUAAACCCCGAGAUCCGCAAGGACGAGGCCAAGGUCGUCGAUUCCGUCCUCGUCUCCGACCUCUCUAAACCUCUCACUGCGUAUUGCCGGUGCUGGAGAUCGGGGACAUUCCCUUUGUGCGAUGGAAGCCAUGUGAAGCAUAAUAAGGAGACUGGGGAUAAUGUUGGGCCUUUGCUUCUCAAGACUAAGUGAUUGCAAGAUAAGUCCUUUUGAUUUUUUAGGGCUUUUAAUGAAUUGAGCUAUAUAUUAAUUUAUUAUGCUGUUAUUGUUUCUUAUGACUAUCACUUUAAUUACACUUUUAUUUUGA